AUGAAAGCAAGAGACUCAAGCAAGCAGAAAUUUUAUUCAUUGAUUUUUCAUUUUUUAGAACUGGCAAGUGAAAGAAUGAUUGAAUUUUGGAAAGCUGCUUUAUCAUUAAUGAUUAAUCCAGAUGAUAAGCUUAUUUCCCUUCCAGAUGGUGUAAAUAUCUUUGGUAGUAAAAGUUUUGGAUCUGCUUUCAUAAUUCGUGAAUGUUAUACAGAUUUGUGGAAAUUGAUCACUGAAGAUAAAAAUUAUAAUGGCUGGAUUGUCACUGGAAAUCCUGGCAUUGGAAAAUCAAUGUUUGGAUUUUUUCUUUUGAUAUAUUUGGCUAAACAGGGGAAAACUGUGAUAUAUGAACAUUUCUUAAUGAAGGAUCAACAUAAAUUUCAACCUGAUGGUUGUGUUUUCAAAGGAGAAUUUAGAAAAGAACUCCAGGAUGGUGAAACUUGGUAUAUCAUGGACACAACAGUUCCAAAAACUCUGGAUAUAAUGGCAAAAAAGGUUUUUAUUGACUCUCCAGAUAAUGAGGCCAUGAAACAAUUUCAAAAAGAGUCUGAUACUGCAAGUGAAUUGAUAAUGCCCCCAUGGACAAAGGAAGAGAUAAUGGAUAGCCAUAGAAAUAUUUAUAGUCAUAUUUCUGAAGAUAUGGUCAACAAACAAUAUGAUUUGUGGGGAGGUAUCCCUAGUGGGAGAUGUGCUAAUAUUGUUAAUGAUGGAAAGUUCAGUUGUGAGACAAGUCAUAAAAUAUAUCACAUUUACACAACACCACCAAAUUAUAAUAAUAUAUGCAUGGAAUUUGCCUCUCCCUAUGCAUGCAAGAAAGUUGUAGAACUGUAUGAACAACAGCAUAAAUCAGAACUGCUUGCUUUUUUGAAAGCAAGUAACUAUGGAGUAUGGGGAAGUGUAUGUGGAAAUUUAUUUGAAAGCUAUGCUCACAGAGUUAUAUCAAGAGGAGGGACUUUUAAUGUACAUGAACUUAGUCAAUCUGCUACAGAAUCUGAAGAAAUUAAUAUAGAAUUUCCUAAAUACAAAUUAAAGAAAUACAAAGACAUUAGUGAAAUUGAAAACAAUUCAUAUUGUAUACCUCAUUCCAAAACAAAUGAAGGUUUUGAUUCAUUGGUUCCUCCAAAUAAAUUUUUUUCAAAUGACUGUAAGCCAUGCCCAUCCAAUAAAAUUAAAGUAUUUAAAAAAGUCAAGGGUUUGAUGGAUGGUGAAGAUAUUUGUCUUUAUUUUGUUGUUCCAGAAAGCACACACAAAAAUUUUUAUAAAGUGCAGCAAAUUUUGACAUCGGACAAGAAGAUUACUAUUGAUAGGUGGGUUAAUGAAAUAAAACAAUAUGCUCUGUGUAUUAACUUGGACAUGGCAUCAGAUACUAUUUCAUAG